UGAUAGCUACUGGUAUUAAUGUGAUAGUAAGUGUAAUUUUAUAAGUUAAUGACAGAAAUAAAGGACCUAGAACCCUAGGGGUUGUCACUGCUGAUGGGUUUGGUAACUUGACUUUUUCAGAGACCCUCAAUGGACUUGUCCAGGCUGCCCCCGUCUCUCCUUGACCCAUCCCCUAUUCCUGGACAAGCAGAGGAGAUCCAGCUGUUAAGUGACGAAGCGGCUCCCAGAUCCAGCAACAGCCCAGACUGGUGCCAGUGUGGACACUGCCUCCCGUCCCAGCUCCCCGAGAGCCACAGAUGCCUGGAAGAACUGUGCUGUCGGAAAAAGGCGGGUGCCUGCAUCACCACCUCAGAGCCCUUCAGGAAGCUCGUCUUGUCCCGACAGCUCCUGCAGUUCCUCCUGCUCUACCAGGAGCCCUUGCUGGAGCUGGAUGAAAACUCUAACAGCCGGCUGCGGCACUGCGCCUACAGGUGCUACGCCACCUGGCGCUUCGGCUCCCAGGACCUCGCCGACUUUGCCAUCCUGCCCAGCUGCUGCCGCUGGAGGAUCCGGAGGGAGUUUCCCAAGAGUGAAGGCCGGUACACCGGCUUCCAGAGUCCUUACUGAUGGCACAGGGCUGAGCAGGCGCGUUAACGUUUCCUUUGUUUGCACCCUGAGCUUGACCUGCAAAGAUCUGCGGCCAAAUGUUCAACCAAAGGGAAAUGUGUUUUCUGCUCCUGCAGCUCUAGAUGUGUCAGAGAGCAGACUGAACAAACAAACAAAUAAACCAGAAUCCCUCAGCAUGGACUGAGAGUCGAGAGAUUCA